AUGUCUACUCCCCCAUCACUCACAUCUCUUGCAAACAGAACCAUGGAUCAGGACAACCCCUACAAUCUUGAAAACUUCCAUGACCACAAUUAUCAAUCACUCUCCGACGUGCAAUCCCUUUCUACAUCAGUUACCGGCAACCAGACUUUUGACGCCGCCUCUCAACUUCCGUCGUUUCAAGCUUUGGCCCGUCACCAAGAAAACUCGCAAAAGCACAUGGACACCGUCACUGAAUACGAUCUUUAUGGUCAACCACCGUCCAUUGGAUCGAUAGAGAACCCCUGCCAGACUUCCCAACCCACUGCUGACGGCAUUUAUGAGGGUUAUGAUUUGCCACCUUCAAAAACUGAUAUACGUCCGGUGGGGUCAUCUGUAACCGGGACUACCACCGCUGAUCAAAUUGGUGCUCCACAACCGUUUGGCCAAAUGAGUAUGACCAGCAAAGCUAUAAAAAAUAGCGCGCCUCAUUGUUGGAUUAAUCGGAUUUAUGAGUGCAGGGGCAUUUUAGGAAAAUUAUAUAUUUAA